AUGGCAUCGCAGACGCGCCCGCGGUAUCGAGGUGUACUUGCACGCCGGCGACCCACAAGCCCAGCGGCGCCUACUCUGACGUUCGCCAGAGGCGCGCGCCCGCGAGCGAGUCCUAUCACCGCUCGUGUCCCCCUAAAAAUUGACGAGGCGCCCGGGGACACAGCUGAGCCAGUGAGAACCGCACGCGUGCGCAAUCGUGGCGGUUCUGGCAAGGGCAAGGCGGUGCGCGGUCGUGCCAGGGAGGACAAGGACGACUCGGAGUCACGAAGAAGAAGGAGCGAGGCGCCCUCUCGGGGCUUCCGAGACCACGCGUGCCCAGUGUGCCCACGUCGCAUGUUUGCUAGCCUCGUCUGUGCGCUUCGCGUGAGAAGCGCAUGCUAUGGUUGGCGUGCUGUGUCGCGGCCUGCGUUGUUUGACGUGCAUUGCCGUUCCCAUCAUCCUCGAGCACGGCCAUGCCCAUCAUCAUCAUCAUCAUCAUCACCAUCAUUUUCACCAUCCCUCCUCCGUAUCAUCGACCACAUCAUCGACCCGGCGACGACGCCGCAAGUCUCCUCCGCCCACCCGCCCGCCCGCACUCCCGCUGACAUUCCGGCAGGACCCACCUUUCCUUUCACCCUAGCUCGCACUUUAAUCCAGGAACGCCACGCCACGACACAUGUACACAUCCGUCCAUUCUGCCCGUCGACGAAGGGGGCCAAAAUUGCAAUGGGCAAUGAUGCGGCUGCCGCUGGGAAGACUCUGGACAGGAUUGCAGAUAAGAGAGCGAGCGGACGGGCGAGAGAAGUCGACGGGGGCAGAGAGCUUACGAUAACAGCACAAGAAAGAGCUAUAUACGAUGCAGAAGAGACGGGCCAGAGCACGGAAACGGACGGAGAGGGGAAGAACGAAAGCGGGAAGUGCGGAACUGUGAAACGUGUGGUUCCACCUGCACGGCGUGCUGGCCAGCAGAAGGUCACGACAUGGAGUGUGCGGGAGAAGAGAAGGAAGGGGAGGGGAGAGACGCGGUCGACGGCGUGCAGCGCCGCAUGGCAAGAAGCGGCGGACGUUAAAAAAAUGAACCAGCAGGCAGACCAAAAAAAAAAGCAAGCAGGACACGCGGCGUCGGAACGGGUGCGGAAUCUAAUCCCGUCGUCUGUGGCUGGGGGUGGAAGGCGCAAACAGAUCUGCGAGGUCCUGAAGAAAGAAAAAAAAAGAGCGAAGGUACCGAAACGGAGCAGGCUAAAAAGGGGGUAA